AUGAUCGUGACCGCAGUCCUCCCGCGCGUCCUCCUGCUCCUGCUGGCCUUCGGCCACAGCACCCAUGGUGAUGAUACUAACUGCUCCCCGGCCUGUCACCCGGUCCACGGGUCCUGCGAGGAUGACAACGUUUGCAGAUGUCAGCCCGGCUGGCAGGGCCCCCUGUGUGACCACUGCGUACCAUUUCCUGGCUGUGUCAAUGGGAUUUGCUUCGAGCCCUGGCAGUGUGUUUGCAACCAAGGCUGGGAGGGACACCUUUGUGACAUAGAUGCGCGCCCUUGCAGCUCCAACCCCUGUGCCAACAACGCCACCUGCGAGAACCUGGAGGUCGGAGGCUACAAGUGCGCCUGCGUCCCUGGCUUCCAAGGGGACCGCUGUGAGGAGAAGCGCCCCGGGCCCUGCGUCAUCAAUGGCUCCCCGUGCCAGCACGGAGGCACGUGCGUGGACGAUGAGGGCCGGGCCUCCCACGCCUCCUGCCUGUGCCCCCCUGGCUUCUCAGGCAUCUUCUGCGAGAUUGUGGCCAACAGCUGCACCCCCAAUCCGUGCGAGAAUGAUGGUGUCUGCACCGACAUUGGGGGCGACUUCCGCUGCCGCUGCCCACCCGGCUUCAUCGACAAGACUUGCAGCCGCCAGGUGACCAGCUGCGCCAGCAGCCCCUGCCUGAACGGGGCCACCUGCCUGCAGCACGGCCAGGUGAGCUACGAGUGUCUGUGCAAGCCCGACUUCACAGGGCCCACUUGUGCCAAGAGGCGGGCGGCGGGGCCCCCGCAGAGCAGCCUGCCCAGCAGCUACGGGCUCACCUACCGCCUGACCCCCGGGGUGCCACAGCCCGAGCACCGCAUCCUCAAGGUGUCCAUGAAGGAGUUCAACAAGAGCUCCCCCAUUUUCACCGAGGGGCAGGCCGUCUGCUUCACCAUCCUGGGCGUGCUCACCGGCCUGGUGGUGCUGGCCACCGUGGGCAUCAUCUUCAUCAACAAGUGCGAGGCCUGGGUGUCCAGUCUACGCUACAGCCACAUGCUCCGGAAGAAGAAGAGCCUUCUGCUGCAGGCCAGCAGCGGCGAGGACCUGGCGGUCAACAUCAUCUUCCCGGAGAAAAUCCACAUGACCACCUUCAACAAGGAGGCGGGCGAGGAGGAGAUCUGA